AUGGCGGCCGAUCCGUUGACUGAAUGCGUCACUAAUAAAGAUUGCGGUCAGCGCCAUUUCUGCGAUUUCGUCUUUCUUAAAGCCAACAAAAAACCUUACGUCGCCAAAAGUGGAAUUCCACGGAAAGUAUGUUAUAGAGGUCCGUUCGGUUUAUCUCUUCACAUUCAACCGUCUUUUCCAGUGCCCAGUUUUGUCGGAGAAAUAGAAAUUGGCCCAACCGGAAAGACUGGCCUCAGUCUUUGUUCAAAAAUUAAAAAUUGUGGGACAAAUGGCGUGUGUUAUCCUUUAGCGCUGCCAGUUUUCGACUCGAAAAAAAAGGCAUUUCUCAACGGAGCUUGCAUACAAAGUUCGACAUUUUUUGUUAGAAGUCAAGAGUUAAAUGUAUUUACAGUGAUUAGCGUGACGAAGGAUCCCCUAGAAGAGUUCGGCGAGAUUUGUAAAAAGUUCGAAAGAGUGCACCGAAGUCCAGUUCAGAAGAGGAACAGCAAGGGCUGCCUUGUGAGUUUCGUUGGCCAAACAUUUAAAAAUUUAUUAGAUUUCGUGAAAAUUUCUUUCAUUAAAUAAAACAUGAUUGAGUGACCGCUAAAUACCAUACUUUAUAACUCACGUAAAAAAUCGCUAGUCGUUUUAAGUUCAAGUAAACUUUAAUAAAAUUAUUUCACGCAAAUGUGAAAAAAUCUGGUAUUAGCUAUAAUAAAAUAAUUGUUAACGAUAAUUUGAAAUUAAUGACGUGAAAGUGAUUUUCGAAAGAUUUCGAGUAAAUUAGUAUGAAAAUUGACAGGUUUCAAAAAACAUAUAUGUGACUCUAGUUAGCUAGUGAGUGAGUUCAUGAAGUUUUAGAUUUUAGAUGCAGAUUUAGAAUUUAUAAAAAUUGUCUUUAAAAAAAUUCAGGAUGGGCUGUAAAAAGUUCAACUCAACAAAUGUUUUUGUCGACAAUCAGGCAGGUGUAUGUCUAAGAGGUUUGGUUAAGUUUGAAAUAGAAUGAUCAAAAUCUUUCCAGCGUAUGUUCAAUGUCUCAACACCAUGAAGGCGGCCCAGCCAUCUUACACGGAAAACAGGGACAGCCUUCUGUCCAAAAGGACUCUCACGUACAAACGGACUUAAAUCUUGGCGCGAUAUGUUGUGGUAAGUGGAGUUCAGCCAUAAGGCUACUCAGAUCGAAGAGCUUUUUCCCAUACAGAGUUCUCGGAAGUGAAAUGAGAGAUCUUAGGUCAAUUCAGAAAUUUACUUCCAAAAAUCGCAAAAAUUCGGCAUGAAAAUACAAUUCAAACUCACGUUCCGAGCUUGGACUGGAGGGGUUGGCGAGCUUUGUAAAUUUUAAACUCAAAAAAAUACGAAUUUCACUUUGAAAACUUCGAAAACCAAAAAAAUAGAUUAUUUUUCAGAUCAUUGGGCUGAUCCAAAAAGCUUUAUUUGAACUUUUAUUCGACUUUUGAGUUUACUUUUUUACACUCGUCCGUGACCUUUUUGGGGCACUAUUUAAAAUCAGCGUGAAAACUUCGAGCUUGAUCUCAUACAGUCCCGCUGUGAAAAGAGAUCAAUCUCUUACCAAAAUAAAAACACAUAAAUUUCAGCGGAGCCUCUAUCGCAUACUCUUUGCUGGACGUCAAUCGAGUACGCGAAAAAAAUGCCGGUUGAUUACGAAAAAAACAGAGUUGGCAAGACGUGCACCGAUAGUCGUGAAUGUCGCAACGAAGAAUUCUGCGACGACGCAGUGAACGCUUUCAAUGGCAUAGGAGCGAAAGACAAUUCGGGAACGAACAAUCAACCUCUGCGCUAUUGUUAUCUGAGUUGAAUGAAAAAUAUCAGCUUUCAGUGAAAAAAAAAUUGAACUUCAGUGCCGAUCCACGAUUAUUUGCCUAUCGGAAAAAAUGAGAAAACAAUGAGUGCUACGGACGGCGAAUGCCCAGGCGGCUCCUGCUUCCCAUGUACGACGGUUCAAAGAAGCCUAUUGGCUUCUGUGCGAUUG